CUUUCGAACGGAAGAGGGCGGCAACACACCGUUGCUGCAUCUAGACUGCCGCACUGAGGAAGAAGAACAAGAAGAGGCGGAGGAGGACGGGGCACGUUUUCUAAAAUGGCCACGUUAGUCCUGGACAACGGAGCUUAUACGGCAAAAAUAGGAUACAGUCAAGAGAAAGUCAGCGUCAUCCCAAACUGCCAGUUUCGCUCCAAGACUUCCAGAAUCAAAACCUUCACUGCCAAUCAGCUCGAUGAGAUCAAAGAUCCUUCAGGUCUCUUUUAUAUCCUCCCCUUCCAGAAGGGUUAUCUGGUCAACUGGGAUGUCCAGAGGAAAGUGUGGGAUCAUUUGUUUGGAAAAGAGAUGUUCAAGGUGGAGUUUGCAGACACCAGCGUCAUCAUCACAGAGCCGUACUUCAACUUCACCUCCAUUCAGGAGUCGAUGAACGAGAUCCUGUUUGAGGAGUACCAGUUCCAGUCAGCUCUCAGGAUAAAUGCGGGCUCUCUCAGCGCUCAUCACUACUUCAGCACUAAAUGCUCGGAGCUCUGUUGUUUGGUGGUCGACACCGGAUUCUCCUUCACCCACAUCGCCCCCUACUGCCGCAGCAAGAAAAUGAAGGAGGGCAUUCACAGGAUCAAUGUAGGAGGGAAGCUGCUGACCAAUCACCUGAAGGAGAUCAUUUCUUAUCGCCAAUUACAUGUCAUGGAUGAAACUCAUGUGAUCAACCAGGUGAAAGAGGAUGUCUGCUACGUGUCCCAGCACUUUUACAAGGACAUGGAGAUUGCACAGUUGAAGGGGGAGGAGAACACUGUGAUGAGGGAUUAUGUUCUUCCAGAUUUUAGCUCCAUUAAAAAAGGCUUCUGCAAGCCUCGAGAGGAGAUGGUCUACAAUGGAAAGUAUAAGACAGGAGAGCAGAUCCUGAGGUUGGCCAACGAGCGCUUUGCUGUUCCUGAGAUGCUCUUUCACCCCUCGGACAUCGGCAUCCAGGAGAUGGGCAUCCCAGAGGCCAUUGUCCACUCCAUCCAGUCCCUCCCAGAAGAGAUGCAGCCCCACUUCUACCAGAACAUCGUCCUGACUGGAGGAAACACAUUGUUUCCAGGCUUCAGAGAGCGAUUGGAGGCAGACCUACGGUCCCUCGUCCCGGCACACCUGCCUGUGUCAGUCCUGCUACCUGCAAAUCCCAUCUGCUAUGCAUGGGAAGGAGGAAAGCUGCUAGCCCACAACCCGGACUAUGAUGAAAUGGUGGUGACAAGAGAGGACUAUGAAGAGAACGGACACUGUAUUUGUGAAGAAAAGUUUGAUAUUUGACCUCUGCGUCAUCAUGGAGGUGAAGAAAUUCUGCAUCUAAGACAUGAGUCGUGCCGUCCUCCCAGCAGGCUCUUGUACUGUAAUUCUGACACAGGAUCAACUGGAUUUGCCUUCAAAGUCAUACAGCAAAAUGGAUUCACACGACAAAAAUGAAAAGUUUUCUACAGUAGUUUUAUUUUUAUUUCAAUGUGUUAUUCUUGGGUAUUCCAAGAUGCUUCUUUUCAUACGUGUGUAUAUACUGAUGAGUUUUCUGACCCAUUAAGAUGUUUUGGAGCCAGCAGACUUUGUGACCUCAAGUGCUUAAUUUAUUAUAGUAAAGUCUUAAAUGAAAAUGUGUUAAGACUACAGGUAGAUCCUAAGUAUGACUUAUUACAUGUUGAAAUACUUUAGGACUGCAACUAACAAUUCUUUCUGUAAUUGUCUAUGAAUCUAGUGGUCCUUGAUUUGAUUACUCUGAACCGUCUACCUGACGGCAGCACUUCAAACAGUGAACGUCCUGGGUGUGAAGUGUCCUUAAUGAUGGUCUGAGCUUUUUUGAGGCAGCGAGAACUGUGUAGUUCUUCCAGAGUGA